UACAAUUUCCGGGUCACUGAGGCCGCCCCUAGGGGGGCAGACAGCAGUACUUGCUUCUGUUCAGUCUAUGGAGUCAGUUGGUUGCGGUGGCGGCGGCGGCACGGAGGCAGGUGGCAGUGUCCGAGAGCGGGCCUCUGCCUCGCAAGGAUGUUACCGGGCUUGGCCGCCGCCACUACGGCCCACAGAUGUAGCUGGUCUUUUCUGUGUCGGCUCCGCUUGAGCUGCAGGGCCGCGUGCCGCGGCUCCAGCGACCGCCGGGAAUGGCAGAAUUUGGUGACAUUUGGAAACUUUGCAUGCAUGGUUCCCUAUCGUCACCCACAUAUUUGUACACUGAGCCAAAUAAAGUUGUACUCUACAAAUAUCCAGAAAGAAGGGCAGGGAUCACAAACACACAGAGUAGAAAAGGUACCAUCUUUUGGUGAAACAGCAGAAAAUAUAGGUGCAGAACUCAAAGCUCCACUAAAGCAAGAACCUCUCCAAGUAAGGGUCAAAGCAGUUCUUAAGAAAAGGGAGUAUGGAUCAAAAUACACUCAGAAUAAUUUCAUCACUGGAGUCAGAGCAAUAAAUGAGUUCUGCCUCAAAUCCAGUGAUCUAGAACAGCUUCGAAAAAUCAGACGACGAAGUCCCCAUGAAGAUACUGAGUCCUUUACUGUAUAUUUGAGAUCAGAUGUGGAGGCCAAAUCUUUGGAGGUUUGGGGAAGUCCUGAAGCUCUUGCUAGAGAGAAAAAGCUACGUAAGGAAGCAGAAAUAGAAUAUAGAGAACGGCUAUUUAAAAAUCAGAAAGUAUUGAGAGAAUACAGAGAUUUCUUGGGAAACACCAAGCCACGUUCUGGAACAGCAUCAGUAUUCUUCAAGGGACCAGGAAAAGUGGUAAUGGUUGCCAUUUGCAUCAAUGGUUUAAACUGCUUCUUUAAAUUUCUUGCAUGGAUUUAUACGGGUUCAGCAAGUAUGUUCUCAGAAGCUAUACACUCAUUAUCUGAUACUUGCAAUCAGGGCUUACUAGCAUUGGGCAUCAGUAAAUCUGUUCAAACACCAGAUCCUACUCAUCCGUAUGGAUUUUCAAAUAUGCGCUAUAUUUCUUCACUAAUUAGCGGUGUUGGUAUUUUUAUGAUGGGUGCAGGACUCUCUUGGUACCAUGGAAUUAUGGGAUUGCUUCAUCCUGAACCAAUGGAAUCCCUUUUAUGGGCAUACUGUAUUUUAGCAGGAUCGUUGGUAUCUGAAGGAGCAACACUUCUUGUUGCCAUAAAUGAACUUCGCAGGAGUGCUCGGGCCAAAGGAAUGUCAUUUUAUAAGUAUGUAAUGGAAAGUCGUGAUCCUAGCACCAAUGUUAUAUUAUUGGAGGAUACUGCAGCAGUCUUGGGAGUGACAAUAGCAGCCACUUGCAUGGGCCUUACAUCUAUAACAGGCAACCCGUUGUAUGACAGCCUUGGUUCUUUGGGUGUGGGCACCUUAUUAGGUGUGGUCUCAGCAUUCCUGAUCUACACUAACACAGAAGCACUCUUAGGACGGUCCAUCCAACCAGAGCAAGUACAACGGCUUACUGAACUGCUGGAGAACGACCCAUCAGUAAGGGCAAUUCAUGAUGUUAAAGCCACAGACCUGGGAUUAGGUAAAGUAAGAUUUAAGGCAGAAGUAGAUUUUGAUGGCCGAGUUGUUACAAGAUCAUAUUUGGAGAAACAAGAUUUUGACCAGAUGCUACAAGAAAUUCAAGAAGUGAAAUCUCCUGAAGAACUAGAAACAUUUAUGCUUAAACAUGGAGAAAAUAUUAUCGACACUUUAGGAGCGGAAGUAGAUAGGCUUGAGGAGGAACUGAAGAAACGAAAUCCUGAAGUUCGGCAUGUAGAUUUGGAGAUACUCUAAACUUGAUGGAGUGAAUCAUCUUGGUGGGGCCUUGGAAACAAGCUUGUUGAGUCUCUGUACAAAGCAAGCUUCCUUCUUUCCAACCCGAAGGAGCCAGCACCGUUCGGAAGCCAUUUCUUCCAAUUGGAGCUAAUGUUUUAUAUAAAGAGCAAUUGAACAGGCCACAGAAUCAAUCCCUUCUAAUCAUGUUUUUAUGCUUUAAUAGGGAUCAUUUUGCAUACUUAAAUUGUUUAUAAUUUCUUGUUGUAGCCUGUCAUUAUGUAUUGUACAUUGCAAUCAUGUUUUCUUUGCAUUGGUAAAUGGUAUCCAUGGGAUUAUAACAUUCAGUUUUGUUUCUACUAAAGACUUUAUUCCAUCGAUGUCUGUCAGGCUUGAAUAUUCUGGCUGAAUGUUGGUGUGUGGUUUUUAAAUGGUUACUCUGUUUCAAAGUUUGUCUUUCUUGAUAUAAUUGGAAAUAUUCUGCAUACUUCGUGAUUUUAACCUGAGCAUUGAGAGUUACAUUCUCUUAACUUUGUCAUCCACAAAUGUUCAUUCCAGAAAUAACUUUGUUUUCAAAUUGAAGAUCUUCCAGAACUCUUCUUUAGACCAUAGUUAUUAUUUUCUAAAAUUUGUUUCUCUUUCACUUUUUCUUUGUUUCAGUUUUUCUGAUAUUAGGAGAUAAAUAAUCCUGGACAUUUACAUGGGCCAGUAUGAUGAUUCUUUUUUUUUCAUUUUUCCUUACCUCCUUUCCAUUGGUUCAUCCGUCCAUCUGUCUGUCCAUCCAUCCAUCCUUCCUUCAUUGCUCCUUCCUUCCUUCUUUCUUUCUCUUUUUCUUCCUUCUUUCUUUAAACUGGCUUUAGUGCCAUAAUGUCUCCUGGGAGUUAAUGCAUCUACAAGCAUUUUAAUAUUCUGUAAAAUGAACUAGAAAUAUUUAUAACUUUACAGACAGGACAGCAUUUUAUUUUUAAUUUAUUUAAAAGGCACUAAUGUAAAUGUGAACUGUGGGAAUUUUUUUUGCUUUAAGAGGGAAAAGUAAAUCUCUUACACUGAAACUUGUGUGACAACUUUGUAUAAUAUAGUCAAUAGUGUUUCUAGGAGUUUCUUGCAGUUACAAAUGGGCAUUUAGCAUAACAUAUUGUUAUAACAUAUGUAAAUGAAUAACUUUCUGAUGACUAUGGAAUAGCAAGAUGCAAAAACAUGAUUCAUGAAGUAUCUGAAAAUUCAGCGAAAAGGAAGAGUUUUCUGUAGGACACAACUCUGCUUUAUGUCUAGGUAGCAGUGCGCACUGUUUGUGUAAGAGUGUGGCUGCUGUUCUGUUUGCUGGGUGAGUGCUUGAUUUAUGGACCUAACUAUUUAUGCAGUCAGUGUCUUAAAACUUACUGAGGUGGAAGUAAGUUUUAUAAUAGAUUGUCAUGAAUUAGAUUGUCAUUUUGGAAACACAAUAAAUCUUUGAUUAAAGGA